GGAGAGCGCGGUGGGGCCCGGCGCCGGCUGGGAGCCCCGGGAUCCCGACGCCCCGCUUCUUUAGGUCGCCGGCGGUUGUGUCGCCCGCUGACGGCAUGGCCCUGAGCAGGAUCUCCGUGCGGCUGCUGAGCCGCCGGCCCGGCCUCCGCGUCCUGCGCGCGUGGGGCUCGGCGCCGGCGCCCACCGAGAAGGGCGGGAAGAGCCAGAGCCAAGCGGCCAAAUCUUCUGGCCCCCAGUUCGACUGGCGGGAUCCGCUGGUGCUGGAGGAGCAGCUGACAGCAGAUGAGAUCCUCAUCCGGGACACCUUCCGCAACUACUGCCAGGAGCAACUCAUGCCUCGAAUCCUGCUGGCCAACCGCAAUGAAGUUUUUCAUCGAGAGAUUGUCUCUGAGAUGGGGGAGCUGGGCGUGCUGGGACCCACCAUCAAAGGCUAUGGCUGUGCUGGGGUCUCAUCGGUAGCCUAUGGGCUCCUGACCCGAGAGCUAGAGCGGGUGGACAGCGGCUACAGGUCCAUGAUGAGUGUCCAGUCCUCCCUCGUCAUGCACCCCAUCUACGUCUAUGGCAGUGAGGAGCAGCGACAAAAGUACCUGCCCCGGCUGGCCAAGGGGGAGAUUCUAGGCUGCUUUGGUCUCACAGAACCCAACCAUGGGAGUGACCCCGGUGGCAUGGAGACCAGAGCUCGCCAUAACCCAUCGAGCAAAAGCUAUACUCUCAAUGGGACAAAGACAUGGAUCACCAAUGCACCUGUGGCUGACCUGUCCAUAGUAUGGGCUCGUUGUGAUGAUGACCGCAUCCGGGGCUUUCUGCUGGAGAAGGGCAUGCGUGGUCUGGCAGCCCCCAAGAUCGAGGGCAAGUUCUCCCUGCGGGCCUCGGCCACUGGGAUGAUCAUCAUGGAUGGCGUGGAGGUGCCCGAGGAAAACGUGCUGCCCAAUGUGUCCGGCCUGGCAGGACCGUUUGGCUGCCUCAACAAUGCUCGGUUUGGUAUCACAUGGGGUGUGCUGGGAGCUGCAGAGUUCUGUCUGCACACUGCCCGCCGGUACACCCUAGAUAGGAUGCAGUUUGGCGUCCCCUUGGCCAGGAACCAGCUGGUGCAGAAGAAGCUGGCGGACAUGCUCACUGAGAUCACGCUGGGCCUCCAUGCCUGCCUGCAGCUUGGCCGCUUGAAAGACCAAAACAAGGCCACCCCGGAAAUGAUCUCCCUGCUCAAGAGGAAUAACUGUGGGAAGGCCCUGGACAUCGCCCGCCAGGCCCGAGACAUACUGGGGGGGAAUGGGAUUUGUGAUGAGUAUCACGUGAUCCGACACGCCAUGAACCUGGAGGCUGUGAACACCUAUGAAGGUACACACGAUAUCCACGCGCUCAUCCUCGGCAGAGCAAUCACGGGAAUUCAGGCAUUCACGGUUGGCAAGUAAAUUCACUUCAGAGUGCCUGGAUGUUCCAAAGCCCCUUCCUGAAGAGACCCUGGCGGGAGCCUGGGCCCCCUGUGCUCUAAGUUUAAUUAGGAAUAUGGCAGAUAGACCUGAUUGUAUGGUGAGAAGGGAGAGAACGAUAU